AUUAAGGUAGACACUUGCAUCUAGUGCGUUUUAUUUGUAUAUAAACUCACUUUUGUAAAUGUGAUGCGGACUCGAAACAGGACGUCUCGUCUUUGACCCACACACAUGCAACAAAAGAAUGAAACUAAUUAAAUGACUGCAUCCGGUUGGUUUGUCCUGCUGUUUGUAUUAGCUCAGCGUGAGCGUGUUUUCCGCCAAUCAGCGCCCUCCGUGUGCGUGACGUCGCCGCAGGAGGAAGCCACAUCACCUCUGUGCUCAAGCGCCUGCGGGCCGGCCCCGCGAACACUGCGAGUCUGAGAGCGUCACAUGUUUAUGCCAAACAUAUGGCAGGUGUGUUUUGACUGCUCUGUGAAGAACCCCAGCUGGGCGAGCAUCACGUAUGGUGUUUUUCUCUGCAUUGACUGCUCAGGGACUCACCGCUCACUGGGAGUUCACCUGUCCUUCGUCAGGGAAACUUUACACUCUCACCUGUCCUUCGUCAGGUCCACUGAGCUGGACUCGAACUGGUCCUGGUUCCAGCUGCGCUGUAUGCAGGUGGGAGGCAAUGCCAGCACGAGUGCCUUCUUCAGUCAGCACGGCUGUACCGCCAGCGCAGCCAACGCCAAAUACAACAGCAGAGCAGCGGUGCUGUACCGCGAGAGAAUCAAGAGUCUGGCCACGCAGGCCACCCGACAACACGGCACAGAGUUAUGGCUGGAUGGUCAGGCUCCUCUGUCACCCACAUCACCCCUCGACAAACACGAGGACUUCUUCACCCAGCACACCCGGACACCCCUGAAGGAAGGACUCAGUGUUCAGCUGAACACCAGCCGACCGCAGAACACAGUUCAGGAUAAGAAUAAUAACGGUGAGAGUGAGGUGGGUCCCAGUGUGGAGCAGCUCAGUGUGUCUUCUACAUCUGCUGCAGAGCCGCCCUCUCUGAUCAAGAAGAAACACACCACAGGAAAGAAAUCGGCGGGUCUGGGCGCUCAGAAGGUCAGCAGUCAGAGCUUCAGGGCGCAGCAGAAGCGAGCUCAGGCUGUAGACAGACUGCAGGAGGAGAGGAGCUCGCAGAAGAACAGCGCUGAGCCCGAAGUGUCGUCUCUGAGCCGUGCCUACGAGAGUCUGGAGCUGCAGCGGAGGAGAGACGAGGCCAAGCUGAGCCGUCUGGACAGCAAGAAGCAGGAGCAGGCGGAGCGGCUCAGCAUGGGCUUCGGCGGACGCAGCGGUCUGUCUCACUCGGUGACAGAGGACAUGCAGAUGAUCCAGCAGGAGUCUCCGGCUCUGAGCUCCUCCAGCAGGAGAGCGUAUGAGGAGGACGAGGAGCAGGAGGACAGGCGCUUCUCCCCAGGCUCCUGGAUGAAGCCGUGGGAUCGUCGGAUCGGUUCUUCUCGAAGCAGACUGAUGUCUACCGGGACCCAGAUGACAGGUCAGAUGAAGGAGCCACAGGCCGUCUCUGACGAUGCUCAGAAGAAGUUCGGCGACGCCAGAGCCAUUUCAUCCGACAUGUUCUUCGGGAAGCAGGACAAUGCAGAGUAUGAGGUUCGGGCGCUGCUGGAGAAUUUCUCGGGUAGUUCAGCGAUCAGCUCAGCCGAUCUGUUCGACGAGCAGAAGAAAACAGCAGCGGCGUCCUCUGGCUCCUACAGCUUGAGCAGGGUUCUGCCGGCCGUGCCGGACAUGACGCAGUUCAAGAGCGGCGUUCGCUCGGUGGCCGGGAGGCUGUCGGUCAUGGCCAGCGGAGUCGUGUCCACCAUACAGGAUCGCUACAGCACAUGAGUCCUGAAGAGUCCGCUUCCUUCGCUCGCCUCGGUGUAUAUUCAUCUUUUACUCGGGCAGCAUUCGUGGGUGUGUUUAAUGCCGCAGCUUGAGUUUGGACUGAAACGAGUCGUGGUUUGAUCACUUGGGGACCAAAACUCUUGUUUAUUGGAAACGUUUGCACUCGUUGCUCAGAUUGCACUUUACUUCAGCUGUGUGUCCUACAGGUGUGUUUGUUUACGGUCAUGAAGAAAGAGGAGAUCUUCACACGCUCGUGUGAUGCUGUUCUCGUAGAAGAGCUGUAUAUGAUGUGUAUGUGUAAUGUAGCAUUGCAGAUGUGAUGAAGAUGAGCGGCUCGUUUCGCACACUGCAAACCUGACCGUCAUUCACCUGAAGCCUUAUUCACCUCAAUGCCUUAUCUAUGUUUGUUUAUGGUAUCUGUUUAUCUUGCUUCGUCCUUUAUGAACAUGAGGGGUCAUUAAACGCGGUGGGUGAUUUGUGGUAAAUUGGUUUAACUCAAUAAAGA